AUGUCCGAUGACGACUCAUAUGCCACCACGCCUGUAGAUACGGAACGGUCUGUGAAGAGGCGACGACUUUCCAACGAUGAUAAGGCUACACCGAGAUACAGCUUCCCAGACGAGCUUGUCGUAAAUGGCGACGAACAUCACCAAACCGCAAGUAGGGACUCGCGCAUGAACACCAAUAAAGGCAAUACAAGCCGGCGCAAAGCCGCCGCAGAAUCCAGCCCUGAUAGAAGUCCAAGCCAUGAUGAGUUAGCUCAUACUUUCUACGCCGAUGAAGAGGACAUUGAGAGCAAUCAUGACCACCAAAGCCAGUCCGAAUCUGUAUCGCCUUCCCAGACACCGAGUUCAACGGAGAUCCACGACAACAAUGAAGAGGCAGAUUUAAAGAGCCGAGAGGAGCCAUUACAAGUUCGAUACAGGCUUAAGUACGAAUUAGAUGCUCACGAGAGAGGCAUCUCGCAAGUGGCGUUCUCACCAGACGGACAGUGGAUCGCAAGUGCCUCUGCAGAUGCAACUAUAAAGAUAUGGGAAGCAUCAACAGGGAAUCUUGUCCAUGAAUUGAGAGGACACCUUGCCGGAAUAUCGACGGUUUCAUGGAGCCCUGAUUCACAGACUAUUGCGUCUGGUUCUGACGAUAAGACGAUACGGCUAUGGGACGUGACCACCGGAAAACCGCAUCCAAAGCCUUGGAAAGGCCACCACAAUUAUGUUUAUUCAAUAGCAUUUUCUCCCAGGGGGAAUGUCCUUGUCAGUGGCUCAUUUGACGAAGCCGUCUUUCUAUGGGAUGUCCGCGCAGGGCGCCAAAUGCGAAGCUUGCCGGCACACUCCGACCCUGUCGCUGGAGUCGAUUGCAUUCGAGAUGGGACAUUGGCUGUUUCUUGCGCUGGCGAUGGGCUUAUUCGGAUAUGGGAUACCGCAUCUGGCCAAUGCCUGAGAACAAUAGUUCAUGAAGACAAUGCCGGUGUUGUGAGUGUGAAGUUCUCACCAAAUGGAAAACAUGUUCUUGCAUGGACACUCGAUGGGUGCAUACGGCUUUGGGAUUACUUGACAGGCCUUUGCAAAAAGACUUAUCAGGGCCACGUGAAUAACAGAUACAGUAUCUCCGGGGCAUUCGGUAUUUACGGCUCCGAGGCGUUUAUUGUGUCUGGAAGUGAAGAUGGAAAGGUAGUCUUUUGGGACACAAAGAGUAAAGAGAUUCUUCAGAAGCUUGAUGCACACGACGGAGUUGUGCUGAACGUUGAUACGCACCCAGCGAGUGGUAGGAUUGUCAGCUGCGGGCUAGACAGCAAGAUCAAGGUAUGGAUCAAUGAAGGCGACGAGGAAACGUCCAAUUCCUUGUUGAAUGAAUCGGACAAGCAACACGGCUCAAGGUCCGAAGAUUCAUCCACUGGGAUGGGAGGUUUCCAAGAUGAGGGUGCUGCCAAAGAUGGAAGCAAAGAAAGUGGAGGGGGUGCAAACGGGCUUGUCGACGUAGAUGCAGGCGAGCAGAUCACAGCUGAAGAACCGAUGGAUGUUGAAGUUAAUAUGGAAGAUGAUACCCUGCAAGAGCUUCCUUCUAGGCCGAAGGAUGAGUUACUUUAG